AUGAACCCUUUCAACAACCCUUUAUUCAUCGGAUCCGGUUCAACACCCCCAAAUUUGCCAUCGGACUCGAGUUCUUCCGAUGAGACGGACCGUUAUGUUAACCUCUUUGCAAUGGCGAAUCACGCGAUUGAUCAAGAAGUCCGCGAGACUGCCUCCUCUUCAAGGAAAUAUACAAAUAGAUAUGAUCGUAUCAAAUCCCACGACCGUCUUGUUCGAGACUAUUUUGCCUCCGAGCCAAAAUUUGAUGAAGGUUUUUUUAGACAACGGUUUCGGAUGAGUCGGCGGUUGUUUUUGAAAAUUGCUACAGAUUUGGAAAGCAACUUUGAAUAUUUUCAAAGGAAGAUUGACGCUCGUGGGAAGCUUGGGUUCUCGGCUUCUCAGAGAUACACAUCCGCUAUUCGCAAGUUAGCAUAA